AUGAUUAUCUAAAACUUGUAAUUCGAAGAAAUAAUAAUUAAACCAAAGAGUAUUAAAAACAAAAAUGCUAUUAAAGAGAAGCUUUAAUCAGAUAAAGUAGAAGAGAUUGAUAUAAAUGAAAUACCACCUUCUCAAAUACUUGAAUUAUUUCCAAAUCAUGUUACUUUGUCAAGUACAAACAUUCUUAGUGAAUUAAUGAAUACAAAUUUGUCAGAUGAUUGCCUAUAUAAAAUCUUAGGGAUCUUAGUUUAAUGGGACAACUAAAACAAUGUCGAUUUUACAAAGUUAUAUAAGCAAUUAUUUUAUUCACCAAUUUGUAAGAGCAUUUUAUCAGGCAACCUAAAUUAUAGUAGUGAGAAUCUAAUAAUUAUUGUUAAUCAAUUGAUUUCCGUCUUUUAGUCAGCCAUUAAUGACGAACCUUCUAAAAUUGAAAAUAUCACCUCUUGGAUAUCUAUUCUUGUUGAGAAUAAUAAAUUAUCUAUGCCAAAAAAAGAAACAUAGAAAUUAUUGGAGUUGUUGAAACAAUAUUAAAAUUAUUAAGAGUCCAUUAGAAAUAUCAAACGUCUUAUUAAUUUUAGUCCAGUCCAAUAGAAAAAAGAGAAUAAAGUAACCUAAGUUUAUUUUUGAAUUGUUUAUAAUUGUAUAAUUGAAAAUUUGAUAUGU